AUGCGCAUUGGUCUGAAGCAGGACAAGAUUGAGGACUUGAUUGCGUCGCUGUUCGAAGUCAGCGAUCCCGCGCAUCAGCGGUACGGGAAGCACUUGUCCAAGGAAGAGGUCGAGGAGCUCGUCAAGCCCCAUCCCGAGUCGACAAACUUGGUUGAUGAAUGGCUCGAGCACCAUGGCGUCAAUUCGCAGGAGACCCACCGGUCCGGCGGAGGUGAUUGGAUUACACUGGUAGUUUCUGUGGAUCAGGCGGAGCGGAUGCUGGGUACAAAGUAUAACGUGUAUCGGCACGACGCCACCUCCGAGACCGUCGUCCGCACUUUGAGCUACAGCCUGCCGUCUGUGCUGCAUGAGCACAUCCAGGUGAUCACUCCCACCACCUAUUUCGGCACCAUCAAGAGCAUGAAGGCUACCAGCUUCCGUGAGAAGAACAGCACCGUUGUGGACCAGGAUGACUUCCAGCACGAGCUCGCGUCGCUCGGAUCUCUGGCCACCAUCCCCUCCAGCUGCUCGUCGACCAUCACCCCUUCGUGCCUGCGUGCCCUGUACAACACUUCCGGCUACACUCCCGCGGCGACCUCCCAGAACAAGCUCGGGGUCGCGGGCUACUUGGACGAGUACGCCAGCCACUCGGACCUGCAGACGUUCUUCAAGAAGUACCGCACGGACGCGACGGGCGCGGACUUCACAGUCGUACAGAUCAACGGCGGCGGAAACGACCAGUCCGAUCCCGGUGAUGAGGCGAACCUUGAUAUUCAAUACACCGAGGCUAUCAGCUACCCCACGCCGAACAUCUAUUACAGCACCGGCGGGUCGCCUCCCUACAUCCCCGACUCUGAAACGACAUCAAACACUAACGAGCCGUAUUUGGAUUGGCUGAACUAUAUUCUCAAUCAGUCUUCCGUCCCGCAGACGUUCACGACGUCUUAUGGCGACGACGAGCAGACCGUCCCGCUAGACUAUGCGACUAGCGUGUGCAACCUGUACGCCCAGCUGGGCGCGCGUGGGAGCUCCGUCCUCUUCUCGUCGGGCGACUUCGGCGUCGGCGGCGGCGACUGCACGACCAACGACGGGACCGACACCGUCAAGUUCCAGCCCAUCUUCCCCGCUAGCUGCCCGUAUGUCACCUCCGUCGGCGGGACGUACAGGAUCAACCCCGAGGUGGCGGUCAGUUUCUCGAGCGGCGGGUUCUCGAACUACUUUGCGCAGCCGAGCUACCAGUCGAGCGCGGUUUCGACGUUCUUGAGCUCGCUGGGCACCAAGUACAGCGGCUUGUACAACGCUACUGGAAGGGGUUUCCCGGACGUAGCUGCCCAAGGGCAGAACUUCCAGAUCGUGCUCAGCGGACGCACGGUCGGCGUGUCCGGCACCAGCGCGAGCUCUCCCACAUUCGCCGGUGUCGUGGCGCUCCUGAACGACUACCGCCUCGCGAGCGGGAAGGCCCCGCUCGGGUUCCUCAACCCGUUCUUGUACUCGACCGGUGUGUCGGGCUUGACUGACAUCACGUCCGGCUCGAACCCUGGGUGCAACACCAACGGGUUCACUGCGCGCGCCGGCUGGGAUCCUGUGACUGGCUUGGGGACGCCGAACUUUGGGAAGCUGCAGGCUCUUGUUUGA